AUGUCACAUGAAGAGACUAAGUAUAUUUUGCAUCAGACAGCACAGCAGUUUCCUUCUUUGAUUUUUGACUUGGUCAAAGACAGUAGUGGAAACAUUGGAGGUUACCAUCCCAGACCAGAUGGAAACAUGUACAGUCCAGAUUGGUGUUUGUGGUAACUGCAGAGAAAUGCCUACACAACCAGAGAAGCUCUGCUGCAAGAAAGAUCUACCAAAUUGUAUAACUUUGCUUCCGGAUUUCAAAGUUCUUAUUUUGGACGAAGCUGUCUUGGCCCUAGCACGCCUUUACAGGCAAGACAUGUUUGCUUUGCCAAAUGAGGAGGACUGGAAGAAAGCCAACAGGAAUAUUGCCUACAGACAAUAUAUAUUGUGGCAAGUUGGUCGUCUUGGUACUGGUGACAGACGGGUCAUCCCAAGCUGUGCGGUUUGGAAAAUUAGAGACGGGUUCCCUGAUGAAUUUGGACAGUACACUGGUUUCAAGGCAUUCAGGAUUGCUUUAAUUGAUAUCAUAUAUGUGUUAUAGAAGGUAUUUGUCCAAUGAUAAGUAUGAUGUAAAUGAUGAAUUGUUGAAAUAUGUUCACUUAUGUACCAAUGUCCAUGGAUGUAUAAUGAUGAUGAUGAUGUGUCAUAGAUAAGUUUGUAUAAUCAUGUUUUGAAGUGGUGAUAUUCACUAAUGUAUCUGUUAUGAUGAUGAUGAUUUUAAAAUACUUUACAUAUGUAUGUGUAGAUAAGAAAUGUUGAAUUAUAAUGCAUGGGAAGAUUGUAAGAAAUCUUGUAAUUUAAAUAAUGUGGAUGGUUACUGAAAAUUUGUGUCAGUGCCAAAUAAAACAACGAGCAUCCAAGAACUUGUCAUAUU